AUGAACACCACCCGCUUCCUCCGCCCCUUCGCCAGGGCCGCUUUCCGCGCGCCCACCGCCGUCCGCCCUGCUGUCAUGGCCCGCCCUGCGCUUGCCAGCCAGCAGCAGAAGACCCCCGAGGUCAGCCCCAAGCAGAUGACCAUCCUCAAGUCGGCCAUGCCCCAGCUGAUCCCCUUCUUCUUCGUCAACGAGACCACCGUGGCUUUCGUCCUCCUCCCCACCCUGAUCUACAUCUUCUCCAAGUACAUCCUGCCCCAGCGCCUCCGCCUGUUCGCCGCCCGUCUGUUCAUCAGCAAGUUGUGA